AUGACGGACGUUGCAUCAUUCACAAUGGCAACCGCAUCCUGUGGCACCACACGCUGUGGUCGACGCGCACAGUCUCCGUCUCCCUCCCUCCCUUCCCUCUCCCUGAGAACUCAUCGGUGGCCGUGGCACACUCACCGACGCGUCAGAAAUCACUUGUAUCCCUUCCUCACUUGCACAUCGAACAACAGCACCGCCAAACGCAUGUCACUCCUUCGUUCGCGGAUUCCCCUCAGACACGCCUCCCGCCACAUUCAUCAGCUCACAGCCACACAGUCCGUAAACGCCACGCAGUCGCCCCGCAUGACGGUGCCGCACACACCAACACGGCACCCCACCACUCGGCGCAAGCAAUGUCUGGACAACACAAAACGGGUUGCCCCAGACAACGACAGCCCCCUCCAAGCAGUGAGGCAGGACUCGUCAGCAACAAUCAAACAACCAGCUUUUCCUCUCCUCAUUCCGCCAUGCACGAGGUUCCGCCUGUCACAUGCAUCAUCCGUGACGCCCGGGCUCUCAAUGAGCAAAAGAAAACGUUAUGCGCCCCUCGGCUCAACAAGAAGCCCAUUGACGAUCCUCAGCCAGUCUUCUCCAUGGGCCAUGCAUGAGGAGCACCACGGCAAGAAUGCACAGAAGAUUUCAUGCAGAACGCCAACUCAUUCCGCGUCAACAAAAAGUAUGGCACCAGACAUGGGCUUUGCAAGAAUUUUGGCUAGCGCUUCCCUGAGAGGCCUCCCAUACACACACAUAGCACGUGAUCACAGUGAAGGAAAAGUAGCGCCUCCAGUCCGACUGUCAAUCGGCGGUACAGAUCAAAGCACAGUCCAAAAAAGCCGCAAAUCAUUACAUAUUUCAAAAGUGGCAUCUGCACCUUAUGCGGCAAAUGCACAGCACGGAAGAGGAGCCAUUUCCACACACACGCAACACACAGACACAAAGAAAGAUAGUUGGGAGAAGCAGCACUAA